CAGUAAUUCAAGGACUUGCCUAUUCUACUAUCCAAAAUAUACAUAUUGAAUGCUUUUCUUCCAAAGUGACUCUUAUCUAGGAACUACAAUUCCUAAGAGUUACAUACCUUCUAUGUUUAAAGCAUUUUACCAGCGUUUAUAUAAUAGUCCAGCUCUUUAUUGCUCCUUUUUUCUUUUAGGUAUAUUCACCAAGUUCCAAAGCUAGGUAUGCUCUUAUUUAGUCUGAAGCACCUUGUGCUACUGAUCAGCCUAUCGAAUGUCACACUGGCGCUUAAAACUCUAAUCGGCUAUCGACGAGUGAACCGACUCGAAGCCUUCGAAAUCAACCAGCGAAGAAAUAUCUUCCGAGAUCCCGCGCGGGAUGACCUCGCAAAUCGGAAUCAAGCUGCCCAGAUUGGUAAUGGUGUUUACCUCUCUAUGACUGUGAAUGGCUACGAUGGUGAGCGGAACGACUGGUGGUGUUAUGUUUUAGCGGAGAUGGGCCCGCUUGGUCAGGCACCAAAAGUUUGGAUCCCCAAGCGUUUAUGGGAUAAGCCCGAGAUCAACACUGCGGCCUAUGUACAAGGGCAUUUAAACGAGCCGGAAUCCCCGGACUACGCCUUAAGGCUGUCCCAAACAAAGGGUUACCCCAGCGGGUAUAUCCAAAUGUUAAUACCUACACGAAUGGUUCAGGACAACACAUUGGGUACUAGCGCUUAUUGUUAUAGGAACAGACAAGAGCUGCCCUAUCACCAACCUGUUUCAUACGACUGGCGGAACUUCCGCAACCAUCAAUAAUAUCCUAGGAAAUGUUAAAGAAGGCAAGGAGUGUAUAUACUAUUUGAUAGGCGAAACGGCCCCCCGAUCAACACGUAGUUAUCUGAGUG